AUGUGGAGCAUCACCUUUCUGUGGGGCAGCAUCCUGCUGCAGCACAGCAUGGCCAAGACACCUGAAAUGCUAAACUAUGCUGUGGCUAUACCAUCUCAGCUCUACUACCCCUUCUCAGAGACAGUGUGCCUCCAGCUCAGCAGACAACAAGCAACCCCGAUCCAUGUGACAGUCCCUCCUCCUGUUGGAAGCCCCGAUGAAGUGGCUUUUAUUGAGAUCACAGUCUUGGGAGCCAAUUCAGAGUAUCACAAGAAACAGAAAGUCCUCAUCAAGCAUGCAGACAAGAAGACUUUUAUCCAGACAGACAAACCUGUGUACAAACCUGGACAGAUUGUGAAGUUCCGAAUUGUAACCUUGGACCAGAACUUUAUUGCCAGCAAUGAAACGGACCCCAAAGGGAACCAUAUUGCACAGUGGCUGAACGUUACACCUGUGGGAGGCAUUGUGGACCUGUCCUUCUCUCUGGCUGCAGAAGCACUGGUUGGAGAGUACACCAUCAAAAUGCCUGACUGCACACGUACCUUCAGGGUAGAGGAGUAUGUGCUGCCCAAAUUCAGUGUCUCCAUCCAGGUGCCUCAGGUUGUCACCAUCUUGGAGGAGAGCUUCCAUCUCCGCGUCUGUGGCAUGUACACGCAUGGGAAGCCGGUGGGCGGCCGCGUGUGGGCCGCCGUGUGCCGCAGGCACGCCCGGCGCCGCUGGAGCCCUCCCAGGGCCAGGCCCAGCCUUUGUCAGGAGUACGCGGGUGAGACAAACAAGGAUGGCUGCUUUGCCACUGACGUGAAUAUUAAGUUCUACCAUCAGAAGCACAGUGACAAUCACGAUUUCAACCUGGAAGCUGUGGCUUUUCUGAAAGAAAAUGGAACAGGGAUUGAGUUCAAUGCCACAGAAAUCUGUAAGGUUACUUUUGAUAUCACAACUCUCCAGUUCUGGGGGACAAGCUACUACUAUCAGCAAGGAGCUCCUUACUAUGGAAAUGUGGAACUCAAAAGUGCCAAUGGGACACACUUGAAGAACAAGGAGGUGAUUCUUACAGUGUCCUAUGGCAGCAGCAAGCAGACCAAGACCUACUUUACAGAUGACACUGGAAUGGCCUCUUUCAGCUUAGAGACAUCAGCAUGGGACAACAGUAGUAAAGUUCUACUACAGGCAAAGACCCAGCCAAAGGACUUGGGUGGUCAAAAUAUGAGGGUGUCUUAUGGCACUGCAUCCCUCACGCUGAGGGCCUUCUACUCUUCCAGCCGCAGCUCUGUGAGGAUCCUACCAGCGCGGGCAGUGCUGCCCUGUGGGGACAUGCAGGAGGCCACUGUGCAUUAUCACAUUCAAGCCACAGAGCUGGAGGCUGGGGCUGCCACAGCAGACUUUUACCACCUGGUUUUGGCCAGAGGAUCCCUUGUGCAUCAUGGGCAAACAACAGUACUUCUUGAUCCACCACUAGGUCAGUAUAGUGGGUUUUUCAAUGUCACUCUGCCUAUUGACCUCAUUUCACCUAUGGCUACCCUCUUUGUUUACACUGCCUUCCCUGAGGGACAAGUGGCAGCUGACACCUUAAGUCUGAAAGUCUCCAAGUGCUUCAGGAACCAUGUGAAGCUUGGCUUCUCAGACACCAUGGCUCUCCCAGGAUCUGCUGUCCGUCUCCAUUUGCAGGCUGCACCAGGCUCCCUCUGUAGCAUCCGUGCUACAGACAAGAGCACCUUUCUCCUGAGGCCAGAGGCUGAGCUAUCCAGGGAUAGUGUGCACAAUAUGUUCAGCUAUUCUCAAGGGCGCCCCAGCACUCUCAUAGACUCUUACAGGGACUACUGUACUAUCCACAAGAACCCAGGAACCACUGGUUCCCCUCAGACCACCCUCCCGUCAGAAAUAAUAUCACCGCUCAUGUACAACAGAUACUCAUAUGCAGUGUCCCAGCCAGAUGUUUAUGAACUUCUAAUGAAUUCAGGCCUGACAUUUUUAACCAGCCUUAAAAUCAAGUCUCCGAUUGAGUGCCACACCCGGACUGUUUUCUACUAUGACUACAUGUCUUAUGACGUGCUGGCAGAGGUGGACGACUGGGAACCAGAAAUAAAGGCUGCUGUUGAACAUGCUGAAUCAGAGCACGUUGAGCCGGGUAGCAAGGCAGGGCUAGUGCGUACUUGGUUUCCAGAGACAUUCAUCUGGACUCUGGUUCCCAUCAAUGAUUCAGGAGCUGCUGAGCUAGCUGUCACAGUACCUGACAGCAUCACAGACUGGAAGGCCAUGACUUUCUGCACCUCAGAGAGCCACGGGUUGGGAAUCUCAGAGACCACCAGCCUGCGGGGCUUCAAGCCCUUCUUUGUGGAACUCAUCUUGCCCUACUCUGUCUUCCGGGGAGAGUCAUUUCCACUGAAAGUCAAAGUCUUCAGCUACUUGAAGCAGUGCAUAGGGCUUCAGCUUAGCCUAAUGGAUUCCAGGGAUUUUGAAUUUGUGCAUGCAAAUGUCAAGUUCACCAUUUGUCUGUGUCCUGAUUCAUCAGAAACCUUUUUCUGGAAUGUGAAGGCUACAAAAUUAGGGAAGGUGAAUCUCACUGUCAAUGCUGAGGCAAUGGAGCAGGAAGAUGUUUGCACUGAGACUACAACUGUUAUGCCAGAAUCUGGAGGGAAGGACACAGUGGUUAAACAACUGCUGGUGAAGGCAGAGGGGCUGCUGGAGGAAAAGACCCACACCUCAUUCCUGUGUCCUACAGGAACUUCAGCUUCAGAGACAAUCACAUUCACUGUGCCAGAGAACAGGGUCCUGGGGUCGGAGAGAGCCCACAUCUCUUUCUUAGGUGACAUUUUGGGGUUAGCUCUGGACAACAUAGAUGAGCUCCUUCAGAUGUCCAGUGGCUGUGGUGAGCAGAACAUGGUUCAUUUUGCCCCUAAUGUCUUUAUCACACGCUAUCUUGAAGAAACAGGACAACUGACUCCAGAAAUCAAACAGAAGGCAAUUGGCUAUCUGGAAAGUGGAUACCAGCGGCAACUCCUGUACAAGCACACAGAUGGCUCAUAUAGUGCCUUUGGAGAGGGAAGUGAGACAGGGAACACAUGGCUUACUGCCCUUGUCCUCAAGACCUUCAGCCAAGCCCGAAACUUCAUCCACAUAGAUGAGCAAAAUAUAAAUGAUGCUGCCAGUGCCCUGAUUAAAAGUCAGACUCCAUCUGGCUGCUUCAAGAGUGUGGGAAAGCUCUUCAACAAUGGUCUGAUGGGUGCAGUGGAGGAAGGCCUGGGCCUGAGCUCUGCCAUCGUCACCGCUCUCCUACGCUCCGGGAUGCCAAUCUCUGAUCCAGUUGUGUCAAAAGCUCUGAAAUGUAUAAAGGACCUGGUCAAUGCUGAUACUGGCAGCUCCAACCUCUACAGCCUGGCACUAGCUGCAAAUGCCUUUGCAGUAGCCGGUGAUAAGGACCUCAGGCAGAAAAUCCUCAAAAGAUUGGAUAAGGCAGCCAUAAUAUCAGAUGGCCAAAUAUUCUGGAGUCAGCAAUCUAAACAGGAAGAAGAUUCCCUAUAUUGGUAUCAGGCUCCAUCUGUUGAUGUAGAAUUGACAUCUACUAUCCUCAUGGCUCACCUGUCAAAGUCAAGUUUGUCUUCAGAUGAAAGAAGAAAGGUAUCCCACAUUGUGUCUUGGCUCACCAAGCAGCAAAACCCUUAUGGAGGCUUUGUUUCGACACAGGACACGGUGGUUGCCCUGGAAGCCCUGUCCCUGUACGCAACUAAGACCUUCAGCAAAGAUGGCCCUGAUCUUCAAGUUUCUCUCUCCUCUGAGGGUUUCAACCAAAACUUCCAAGUAGACAACAACAAUCGUCUCCUACUGCAGACGGUGGAGCUGCCAGACAUUUCCCAGGACUAUGAUGUGCGUGUGCAGGGCCAUGGGUGCCUCUACUUACAGGCCACUCUGCGCUACCACAUCCCCCCGCCGAGGAGCGACGUUGCCUUUGCCAUGUCUGUGCAGACACAGUGCACUGCACCUCACACCACCCAGUUCCCUGUCACCAUUCAUGCUCGCUACACAGGGAAUCGUGUGUCCACCAACAUGGUCCUGAUCCAAGUGGAGCUGCUCUCUGGAUACAGCCCCGUGGCAAGUUCACUGGAAGAGCUGAAGAAAAUGCCUUUAGUGAAGAAAGUUGAAAGUGAAGCUGACCGAGUCAUUGUCUACUUGGAGGAACUGACUAGAGAGCCUCACACCUACACUUUGCUGAUGCAGCAGGACAUGCAAGUGAAGGAUCGUAAGCCAGCUAAUAUCAAGGUUUAUGACUACUACAUGCCAGAAGAAACUACAGUGAUGAGCUACGGUGCCCUGUGUGAGUGA